AUGAUGAAGGCAACAAAAUCCGUUUCCAUCUUCACCGUUUUCUUCAUAGGCAUCUUGCUUAUCUCUGAAAUGCCAGAGAUAGAGGCACAAGAUAGCAAAUGCUUGAAAGAAUUCGGCGGUGGCAGUGACAGUGAUUUCGUCCUUUGUCGCGUUAUAGCAUAUCCAUCCUUAUGCUAUAAGGAGUGCCGACGUCUUAAGCGUGCUAAAGGCGGAUAUUGCAUUACGAAAGGCCGCAGUGAAAAAUGCUUCUGCGACAUCUGCAGCAAAGCGCCCUACGGUAGUAUGAAAUGA